CUACGACAGGUUACAGUGUCGCAGCCCCAUGCCUUUGAUGGGUACGGGCUUAUGAGAAGAUAACAUUCUGAAGUUUGAGCUUCGCAGAAUUUGGGAUUCAGGCAUCUGGCCGUGCAGCAGGGGACGAAGCUUACGGCAGCAGGGACGGUGAAGAGCGCCUUGGACACUGUGCAGAUUGCAGCAAAGUCGACUCGCAGGAAGAUCCAGUGGUUGCACACCUCUUAGGAGGGAUCAUGGCUUCGUACGGAGGGGAGGACAAGAAGCGGAAGUUGGACGGCUCGGCUGCGGCCCCUUCGUCGCUGCGCCCUGAGGAGAUCAAGGAUCUGCUGACUGCGCUGAAACAAGAGCAGGUGGUGGACCUGCUCGUCAAAGCUUGUUCCGCUCAUCCUGAUGUUCUUGACGAUGUGAGAGAUGCUGCGAGCAAAGAUCCUGCAACUCGAAAGCUCUUUGUGCGUGGCCUGCCUUGGGAGACGACCACCGAGGAGCUGACUGCUGCGUAUGAAGAGUUCGGCGACAUUGACGAAGCAGCCGUCAUCGUGGACAAGAUUUCUGGCAAGUCCAAGGGCUUUGGAUUCGUCACCUUCAGGCACAUCGACUCUGCUCAGAAGGCCCUUCGGAACCCAAAGAAGCAAAUCAGGGACCGCACCGUGCACGCCAAUCUGGCGGCACUUGGCAGCAGCGCGACCCAACGGGACAACAAUGACGUGAGUCAGCGCAAGGUCUAUGUCGGGGGGCUCAACUACGACACCACCAACGAGACGCUUCUUGAGGUCUUCGGCAAGUUUGGCGAGAUUGAGGAGGGGUCCAUUGCCACGGAGAGGACAACCGGCAAGUCUCGCGGGUUCGCUUUCGUGACCUUCCGAACGGCCGAGGGCGCCCAGGCGGCUUGCGCAGAGCCAGUGAAGCACAUUGACACACGCAACGUCCAGGUCAAGCUCGCUGCGGAGGGCCGGCAGCAGCGGCAGCAGGAGCAGACGAGCGCGAGCGGCCUCCAGAGCUACAGCAACAGCGGGAUGGGCAACCAAGGGUACGGCGGGAACUUCAUGGGGAACCGGCCCAUGAUGAACCAGCCUAUGGGCCAAAUGGGCUUCGCUUCCGCAGCACCGAUCGGGCAGAUGGCGGGUUACGCUAACCAGGGCGGGUUAAGCGGCGGGCAGUACGGGCAGAUGGGCGCCGGGCAGGGGUUCGGAGCGGGGCAGCAGUUUGCGGCGCCGCUGGGGCAGAUGGGGGGGAUGCAAGGGGCGCUCCAACAGCCCGUGCAGUAUGCUAACCAGGCAGGGUUUGCGGCCGUCCCUGCUAACGCCGGCACUCAGCAGUUUGCUCCGCAGCAGGGGGGACAGCAAGGGGGCCAGUUUACGGGGGCCCAGCAGGGCUUCGCUGCUCAACAGCAGUUCCCCGCGCAGAUGGGGGGCCAGGUAGGAGCAGUGCAACAGCCGCAGGGCCAGUUCACAUCGCAAGCAGGUAAUGGUCAGGUCGCGGGUGGCUUUUCGCAGCAGGCAGUGCCAGGGGGGCAAGCGGCGGGUAUGGCUGGGGGCCUGCCCAACGCGAUGUACAGCAACUUCCAAGGGCAGUAAUUUUAAUCGGAAAGUGUGAAGGAAGAUGAGAGCGGAUUGAAAUAGAUUCCCUGCAAGUUUUGUGAGCGUCUCAGUAUCUGAGAUCCGGCAUGCUGAUCGCGUUUCUAACCUCGCUACUAAAUGCACCCAUUCUCAAUGGUGACUUUUCAGAAAGGUUGCUCGCAACCAUUUCUUACCUUCUUUGGAUGUGGGCAGGUAAUAACCACUG